AUGCCUCGAGCCUGUGAAAUGCCUCGAAUGCCUGAAAUGCAUCAAACGUUUGAAAUGCCUUGGACACCUGAAAUGCCUCAAACGCCUGAAAUCCAUGAAAUUACUAGAAAGCCUGAAAUUCCUCGACCACCAGAAAGGUUUCCAACGCCUGAAAAGGCACAAGAUAAGUACUGCUGCACGCAUUAUGUCAAUAGAGUUAGAUUCUCUACAAGGAACAGAGUGACUAGCUACAGCAUACAAAAGCCGGAUGGACAUUGCAACAUCCCUGCUGUUGUCUUCAGAGUGGAUCGUGACCAUAAGUUUUGUGCAAACCCCCAAAAAUAUUGGGUCCGAAUUCUAAUAGAGAGGGUGGAUGCAAUGCUCAAGGGUUUAAUUAAAGAUAAGCCCUGCUGUCUGAGGUAUGUCAAAAGAGUUAGUCUGUCCAUUAAAAACAGAGUGACCAGUUACAGAAGACAAGGCCUGAACGGAGGCUGCAGAAUCCAAGCUCUUGUAUUCAAAUUGGACAAUGGCCAAGAGUUUUGUGCUGAGUUCUCUGAAAUAUGGGCGAUUGAACUCGUGAUGUGGGUGGCCAGACCGCGAGAUUCAAGGUGGUCUUCCAGGCCUCAAAUACCUCGAAUGCCCGAAUAUCCUCGAAUGCCCGAAUAUCCUCGAAUACCCGAAUAUCCUCGAAUACCCGAAUAUCCUCGAAUGCCUGAAUAUCCUCAAAUGCCUGAAUAUCCUCGAAUGCCCGAAUAUCCUCGAAUGCCGAAAAUGCCUCGGAUGCCCAAAAUGCCUCGGAUGCCCAAAAUGCCUCGGAUGCCCAAAAUGCCUCGGAUGCCCAAAAUGCCUCGGAUGCCCAAAAUGCCUCGGAUGCCCAAAAUGCCUCGGAUGCCCAAAAUGCCUCGGAUGCCCAAAAUGCCUCGGAUGCCCAAAAUGCCUCGGAUGCCCAAAAUGCCUCGGAUGCCCAAAAUGCCUCGGAUGCCCAAAAUGCCUCGGAUGCCCAAAAUGCCUCGGAUGCCCAAAAUGCCUCGGAUGCCCGAAAUGCCUCGGAUGCCCAAAAUGCCUCGGAUGCCCAAAAUGCCUCGGAUGCCUUUUUGAAUGCCUAAAAUGCUUAGAAUGCCUGAAUUGCUUUGGAUGCUCCAAAAUGACUCGAAUGCCUAUAAAGUCUGAAAUGCCUUGGAACACCUGAAAUGCCUCAAACAUCUGAAACUCCUCAAAAACCUGAAAUGGUUUGGACACCUGAAAUGCCUUGAAUGUCUUCAUGCCUCAAAUGCCUUCCAUGUCUCCAAUGUAUCAAAUUCCUUCAAUGCAUAAAAUGCCUUCCAUACCUUCCAUGCCUCAAAUGCCUUCCA